AUGCAACCGCCGAAGCAGCAUUCAUGGAUCAAUCUUGUGGAAGUUAAAGGUCAGUUGGUUAAGAAGCUUGGGAUGGAGAGAUCGAACCGGUAUUUUGAUUACUUGAAUCGGUUUUUGAGUUUGAAGUUGAGCAAACGUGAGUUCGAUAAGCUUUGUUUGACGACGAUCGGGAAAGAUAAUAUCCGACUGCAUAAUCAGUUGAUUUGUGCUGUUUUGAAGAAUGCUUGGUUAGUAACGGUUGGAAGUAAAAAACCUUUAGAUGUUGUUUACCAUGAAAACGGGUCGGUUCCAGUUGUAACCCGUGUUACAAGUCCGUUAAAUUUGGCCAAUGGUGAUAUUCUUCCUCCAUCCGUACGAAAAGCAAGAACCGGAGCCCGUGAUCGAAGAGUUGUUGACCGUAAAAGUGCUCUCGGGCCAAAUGGGUCGACAAAUUUCACUCCUUUUUCAUCGUCUACCCCGCAAACGGGUGAUUUUUGUGUUGUGGAGAACGGGGAAUCUUCUUCCUCUAAUCAUCAAGAACUCAUGAAACAAGCGGAAAACGGUGCACUUGUGAGCGUAAAUCGAGUAGAACAGACCGAACCAUUAUGUAAAACAGAUGGGAAAAUCAUACAUGCUCCACUCGGGGUACCGCAUUUUCCUAUCACUAUAGGUGGGACCCACAUGGGAAAUAAUAGUAAAUGUGUUGGUGUGCUGCAUAUUGACGGUUUGUUAGACACAACAACGUUAAAGGAACGUAUGGAGCAAAUUACCACAUUCCAUGGGAUUCAACAUGUGUCGAUGGAUUGUGCAAACGUGUUAAACAGGGGAUUAGAUGUUUAUUUAAAGGGUUUGAUUAGGUCAUGUGUUGAACUAAAUGGAUCUAGAUCAUCCGUUCACAAGCCAACGCAAAAUGAUUCGGUCAAGCACCUGAAUCUUAUUCAACCCGUAAACGAUGUUUUGCCGGGUCAUCAUCAUCAAAUGCAAGAACUAGAACAGGAACAGGAACAGAAACCGAAGCGGUUAGUAAAUUUGCUAGACUUUACGGUUGCUAUGGAGCUUAACCGUAAGCAGCUUGGGGACGAUUGGCCCAUACUUCUAGAAAAGAUAUGUUGUACACAUGAUUUUGAGGAAUAA